UCGGCCACCUGCUCCGGAGCCGGGGAGCCCGGGGCGCCAGCUGCCCGGGCGUCCGUCUGUCGGUCCGUGCGCCCGGGGCCCAUGGAGCUGCCGGCCAGCAACGCCAGCUGCCAGAACGGUUCCCUGAUCAGCCUGUACUGCUCCUCCCACCAAGUCCUGUGCCAGAUCGUCGGUGACCUCAGCCCCCAGGUGCCCAGCAAUGUCACCUCUCACAGCUGGAAGGAGAGGUUCAGGCAGAACUAUGGCUUCUACGUUGGUCUGGGUCUGGCCUUCUUGUCCAGCUUCCUCAUUGGCAGCAGCGUCAUCCUCAAGAAGAAAGGCCUUCAGCGACUGGUGGCCUCCGGGGCCACACGGGCCGUGGACGGAGGGUAUGGCUACCUGAAGGACGCCAUGUGGUGGGCUGGCUUUCUCACCAUGGCUGCUGGAGAAGUUGCCAACUUCGGGGCCUACGCAUUUGCCCCUGCGACCGUCGUCACGCCUCUGGGAGCGCUGAGUGUCCUCAUAAGUGCCAUCCUGUCCUCAUACUUCCUGGGAGAGAGCCUGAAUCUGCUGGGGAAGCUGGGCUGUGUGAUCUGUGUGGCUGGCAGCACAGUGAUGGUGAUACACGCCCCCGAGGAAGAGAAGGUUGCCACCGUCGUGGAGAUGGCUGCCAAGAUGAAAGACACAGGGUACAUCGUGUUUGCUGUGCUUCUCUUGGUGUUCUGCCUCAUCCUCAUCUUCAUCGUCGCCCCACGCUACGGACAAAGGAAUAUCCUUGUCUACAUCAUCAUCUGCUCUGUGAUCGGAGCCUUCUCCGUGUCUGCUGUCAAGGGCCUGGGCAUCACCAUCAAGAACUUCUUCCAAGGGAUGCCAGUGGUGCGGCACCCCCUCCCCUACAUCCUGUCCCUCAUCUUGGCACUCUCUCUCAGCACUCAGGUCAACUUCCUCAACAGGGCGCUGGACAUUUUUAAUACCUCGCUGGUGUUCCCCAUCUACUAUGUGUUUUUCACCACAGUGGUGGUUACCUCCUCAGUCAUCCUCUUCAAGGAAUGGCAGAGCAUGUCUGCAGUGGACAUUGUGGGCACCCUUUCUGGCUUUGUCACCAUCAUUCUGGGUGUGUUCAUGCUUCACGCUUUCAAAGACCUGGACAUCAACCAGACCAGCUUGCCCCACAUGCACAAAAACCCAACCCCCUCUCCCACCCCUGAGCCCACGGUCAUCAGACUGGAAGACAAGAAUGUCCUUGUGGACAAUAUAGAACUCUCCAGCACCCCAUCACCAGAAGAGAAGCCCAGAGUAUUUAUAAUCCAUUCUUAAAACUUGGAAUCAGUGAGUGAGAAGAUGAGCUCUACGGUACAGCCUGACCUCUCCAUUUCAGAGGCACCUGGUUAUUUUCGCCCCCACUGUUACCAGCGGGCUCUCUUUUCUUGAGACGUUCAUUUAUACCUCAUCACUGUUUCCAGAAGAAGGUUCCCUACCCAGUGAGUGGUGGUGGCAGAACUUUGUGGAAACAGCCUCAGCGACCAAAUACAUCGGUGCCAACAGGUCCCUUGGACCUCCCUUCCCACUUGUGUCCUCGGUGCCAUCCCUGCGUUGUGGGGAAGAAGGGAGAAUCUGACCCGUUGAAUGUAGCAAAGGCCAAGACCUUCCCUGAGAUGCUGGUUUUCGGGAAAUCCUUAGUUCUUGCUCUCCUGAGACUGAAUCCCAUUCCUCCGCCCAAGGAGGAAGCGUGUUGCUAGAGGCCCAGACAGCAGCUCCUCACGCCUCCCCAUCCAGGACUGACGACUGAUGUGAGACGUCCUGCUGCUUUUGCCACUCGGGCUCUGGGGACAAAAGCAUGACCUCGGCUGACCUUCUUACAGUGAAAACCACCUGAUGUCUCAGGGACCAUUUGCAGCAGCCCCGUUCCCUGAGCACUCCAACCUGGAGGUCAGCGUCUUAGUUUCCGUCCGUCCCCAGACCUGCCCCUUCUAU